AUUCAAUUUCUUCUCCUCAGUCACAGAGGCAGAGCCCAGAGAUGCAGCAGGGAUGGUGUGGGACGGUCAUUUCAUUUUCCAACCUGAUAGAAGCCAGAAGUUAAAGAAAUGAGGUCUGUGUGCCUUCUGCUUGGAGCUCCAAGUCCCCGUCCAGCUAAAGAAGGAAGGCAGCUCAAGCUGUAAGCUGGGGAUCGGAUGAGCUUUAUGUUUUGUGAGUGCAGGUGCAGGAGCCAUCAGCGGGGAGAGUGAAGGAAGGAACUUGUUUGCAGAGAGGGGCUGCUGCAGGAGGCAGAGCCAUUCCGUCUAUGUUGGGCACGACGGACUCUUCUGUGCACCUACAAAGUUUGAUGGUGUUCUGAUCAAAAGCCCAAAUGGUGUUGAGAUGGUUCAAACUCUGGAAAACUGUGAAAUGAAAGAAACCUGCUAUAGAGUUUCCUAUGUGGAAUAUUAUUAUGAAAUCAUACACAACUCUGCUGGGGACAGAGAGGAGCGACUGAAGGAAAUUGAUGUGGGCCGGUGCUUGGGGAGCUGCACCUCAGGGAAUCACUGCCUGCUUAGGCUGCAAAGCUGCAAUCCCAGACCCCCCAAUGUCCUUCCAGAGGAGGAUUCAGAAGACAGGAGAACGGAGGCUCUUAGAAGGCUUUUGGAAGUAUUUGGUAUAGAAGACCCUCCCCGCUCUCCCCACCAUAUCAAGCAGCCUCCCCAGUACAUGGUGGACCUGUACAACACGGUAGCAGGAGCUGAUGGCAUCACCAAAGACCCUGACAUCUUGGAGGGAAACACCGUCCGCAGCUUCUUGGAUAAAACUCACAGUGAUGAGAUGCAUUUCCUGUUCAUCCUAUCGAGUGUGGCUAAGAACGAGAGGAUCCUGACAGCAGAGCUGCAUCUCUUCAGACUGCGGACUAAGGUGGCUGAGGGGCCUUUCUACAAGAGACAUCACUUCUGCCAGGUGAGUGUCUAUCAAGUCCUGGACAAGAACAAACUGGAUUCCUUUGAAGGGAAGAAACUGCUGGCAGCCAGACUUAUCGCUUUGCAGGGCUCUGGCUGGGAGGUGUUUGGCAUCACACAAGCUGUUCGUGACUGGAUGGAAGAGGACAGCACUAACCACGGCCUGCUGGUGACUGUCCGCGGCUUGGGGAGUGCUCCGGUGGAUCCCAGCAUGGUGCGAUUUGCAUCCGGAAGAGAUCACCAUGAAAGCAAGAAGCCCAUGCUGGUUCUGUUCACUGAUGAUGGGAGACGAGGAGCUGCUCUGCCCAUCAGCAGCCUCCCAGAUUUGAGCCCUCAGACUCCAGACCUCCCGGCUGCACCGCUGGCACCAGAAGUGAGCGGGGCGCGGAACGCCCGCUCGGUGGAUCAGUUCCUGCCAUGCCAGAGACAACUCCUCUCCGUGGACUUUGAGGAAAUUGGCUGGUCAGGAUGGAUCAUCUCUCCGAAAAGCUACAAUGCGUAUCACUGUAAAGGAUCCUGUCCCUUCCCCCUGGGCGAGAACAUGAGACCAACGAACCACGCCACAGUGCAGUCCAUCAUCAACGCCCUCAAACUGAGCCAGGGCGUCAGCAGCCCCUGCUGUGUCCCAGACAAACUUUUCUCCAUCAAUCUCCUCUACUUUGAUGAUGAUGAGAACGUUGUCCUUAAACAAUACGAUGACAUGGUGGCUGGGAGCUGUGGCUGCCACUGAAGGAAGAGCAGGAAUGGGUCAGGGCAACAAGGAACCUCCCUCCCUCAAUUGUAAACACGUCUGCUCCCAGGAACCAACCCUCCCAGAGCCACUCACCAGCGUGAGCCUAUGCUAUGCUGCCCACUCAGGUCAGCAGGCCAGAGGUACCUGCAUUUUCACCACACUUUCAAGAAUCUCUGUCCUGCAAGAAAUCCACAUCUCCAGCUGCCACCACUUGGCUCAGUGGGACAAUUACAUCAAAAGGGCACCUAACUUGCCUAAAGCACCUGGGAAAUGCUUUGAUUAAAGACAAGCAGCCUAAGCCUGAGAUGCCUUUGUGUGCCCCUGGUCCCCUCGAACUGUCAUGGCCUUUGUCACAUGGCUAAAGCCUACGUACCAUUUCAAAAGCUGUAGACUGGGUGCAUUUAAAAUAAAAUGGAGUGAACUGAAUUUCCCAGGUCCACUCCUGGUUCCAGUCCCACAGAGUGUGGUGGAGAGACCCUUUGGGAAGCAUUGUCCAUGGAAAGGCCUCCUUGCAGGCUGUACGAUAUGUAUAUAGCAAAAGCACUAAUAUAUGAUGGAAAAUUCCUGUACAGUGUGCCUGUAAAUGUCUGUACAUUUCUGCCUUAUGCAACCUGUAAAAUGAAUUCAGAGUAACUAUUAAAAA